CCGACUGAAGCGUGUCAGUCAGCUGCGUGCAUUGUGCACACGCAAGUGGUAAGGCAAACUGAUUUGCCUCUACCUGUCUGCAACCACCAUGUCCCGAGUUCUCUCAAGAAUGUAUCUUUCCCUUCUUCUUGCCCUGAUUUCUGCCAAAGCCGGUUCAUCACUCCAGCAAGCGAGGGAGUCUGAUCCUAUCACGGACCAAAAUGAGGCAAAUGAAUUUCUGAGACACUAUACAGAGCAAGCGCAAAUCAUUAUCUACGCCGGUGCACUGGCCAGCUGGGGAUAUUACACCAAUGUCACUGCUUACAACCAGCAGAAAGACGUGGAGGCUAGUCUAGUUUCAGCCGCAUUUCGACAAGAGGCAUACCAGAACGCAAGUCGAUUUGAUGUAAGCGGCUUUGAUGAAGAUGUUAAGCGGCAAUUUCAAAAGAUCAAAGACAUAGGAACGGCUGCACUGGAGCCUAGCAAGGUUGAAGAGUACAAUAAUGUGGUGAAUAAGAUGACUGACAACUACAGUGCUGGCACCGUCUGCAAGGAAGACCAACCAACAGAAUGUUUGCAACUAGAGCCUGGUUUGGCCCACAUCAUGGCCACCUCGACCAACUGGGAUGAAUUAGUCUGGGCCUGGAAAGGCUUCCGCGAUGCAGUCGGGACACCAAACAAACCCCUUUACAAAAAGUUCGUCAAACUGGCAAAUGAAGCAGCAGUGGCCAACGGUCAUGCGGACAUGGGUGCUUAUUGGCGCUCUGAUUAUGAAAGCGCCACCAUCGUCGAUGAAGCUUACAAGAUCUACGAUCAAAUACUGCCCCUCUACCAACAGCUACACGCCUAUGUAAGACGCAUCAUGCACAAAACCCAUGGCUCGAAAGUUGAUGUCAAGGGAAAAAUUCCAUCCUGUUUACUAGGUGAUAUGUGGGGACGGUUCUGGGGCAAUAUAUUUGGUCAGGUAGUGCCGUAUCCAGAUCGGCCAAACAUUGAUGUUACAGAUACCAUGGUUGCCAAGAAUUUCACUCCGCGGAUAAUGUUUGAGCUUGCCGAUGACUUCUUCGCUUCCCUUGGUCUGCUGCGAGUCAAUCCGGCCUUCUGGAGCAACUCUAUGAUUGUGAAGCCCAAGGACGGCCGACAGGUCGUGUGUCACCCCUCAGCAUGGGAUCUGGGAAACGGGGAGGACUUCAGGGUUAAGAUGUGCACAGAGGUCACCAUGGAUUUCUUUCAAACCAUUCAUCAUGAGUUGGGCCACACCCAGUACCAGAUGCAAUACAGUGACCUGCCCUUCCCGUUUAGGGACGGUGCCAAUGGUGCCUUCCACGAGGCAGUUGGAGAGGUCAUGACCUUGUCGAUAUCCACCCCUGCUCACUUGUCACACCCAGACAUAGGUUUACUGGAACCGGGUAGCGGCACUGACGAAGAAACUGACAUCAACUUCCUUUUGAAGACGGCAUUGAACACCAUUGGUACUCUACCAUUCAGCUUAGCGUUGGAUCAGUGGCGAUGGGAUGUUUUCGCUGGUGACAUCAGUGAAGAUAAAUGGACCGAACGGUGGUGGCAACUUAAGCAUGACCUUGUGGGCACUGAGGCGCCCGUAUCACGGACUGAAGAUGAUUUUGACCCUGGCGCUAUGUAUCACAUCGUGGUGGCCUAUCCGUUCCUUGGAUACUACAUGCGUACCAUUAUCCAGUUUCAGUUCCAGAAAGCCCUUUGCGAUGCCGCGGGGCACACAGGACCUCUCCACCGAUGUGACUUCUAUAAGUCCCAAGAGGCAGGAACCAAAUUCGCCAACAUGUUGAAGCUGGGCUGUAGUAAGCCCUGGCCGGACGCCAUGGAAGCCAUCACGGGUCAAAGGGCAAUAUCUGCCGACGCUAUCAAUGCCUAUUUUGAGCCACUGAUGACGUGGCUCACAGAGACCAAUCGAAAGAAUGGAGAACAGAUUGGCUGGAAAGCUCCGGGAAACGGUGCCAUUUUGCCUAAUGUCUCGCUGGUGGUGUUGGUACUCUGCCUCUUGGUAACCUCACGGCUGCUGUAGCUCGGACAGACUUCAGGAUUAAUUGUUGGAUUAAGGAUAUGACUCCUCAAAAAAACCACUGUCUUAUUUUCUGGCACCUGACGGAGGUGGUUACACUGUGGCUUAAAGGAAAACAAGUAGAACAAACUUCUACCAGUUUCACUUCCAAUGGUCAAGCAUCUCGUGUUAUUCCUGACAGAAAGAAUAAAAUUCUGUUGUCUUA